ACACGAAGGUUUAUCUGUACAUACCUGUGGUAUGUAAUAUAUGGUGCAUAUCAAUUCACACACAUAAUAUAUGUAUACAUGGCUGUAUAAUCCAGUUCACGUGUGUUGUAUUCCAUACUGCAAUAACAGUACAUGGUAGUACUUUUGGCAUUGUUUCUUAUGAAUAUGUAUGUAGUCGAACUGAACUGGCGAUGCGUUGAUCGUCGGCGACCCGGUAACUCAAUUGAUGAAAGCGGCCGUCUAGAGGGUCCCGGGUUGGAAAUCCAAUCUGGCCGUCUAUUUUCCAUUUCCUGUUACAAAUGGUGUCUGAGCUCCUACCCGUGGUGGCAGGUGUUUUUUUAUCGAUCAACUUACUGUCAACGACUAAAGUACUGUCAUAAGGUGAAGGAGGACAGCAUGGCGGAGGCCGGCGAAAUCAUUGUGAGUAGGGCCGAACUGGACCGGUAUGUUGUGGAAUGUAUGAUGGUUAGCGGAGCUUCCGAGGACAGCGCGCGUGUAAUGUCGGACUUGCUCGUCACCGCGGAUUAUCGCGGACACUACAGCCACGGACUCAACCGCAUAGAUGUAUACACGUCAGAGGUCCAGAACGGGGUGGCUUGUGGAGGUGGCAAGGAUCCGACUGUUGUCAAGGAAACGGUGGCUACAGCACUGAUUGACGGCAACAAUUUACUAGGUCCUGUGGUAGGGAAGUACGCAAUGGACAUAGCGAUACAGAAGGCUAAGGCGGCUGGUGUGGGUAUAGUCACUGUCAGAGGUUCAAACCAUUAUGGGAUAGCGGGUUGGUACAGUCUCCGGGCGACACAGCAAGGCCUUCUGGGGCUGUCAAUGACUAACUCUUCUCCAUGUACGAUACCAACCCGAUCAAAAACUGUAUCUCUCGGUACAAACCCUAUCAGUAUGGCAGCCCCUGGGAAGCACGGCGACAGCUUUGCUUUAGAUAUGGCAACGUCAAGUGUGGCAUGGGGAAAGGUUGAAGUGAAGCGGAGAAAGGGCGGGGCGUUACCAAGCGGUUGGGCCACAGAUAAGGACGGCCAUGAAACACGUGACCCGUCAGCUGUGGCCGGAUUGCUGCCAUUAGGAGGCCUUGAACAGAACAGUGGUUACAAAGGUUACGGUCUGGCCUUGAUGGUGGAAGUCCUCACCAGUGUGUUGUCAGGGGCCGAGAUGUGUUCUUUUGUUAGGAAGUGGAAAACGUACGAGAAACAUGCAAACCUGGGUCACUGUUUUAUCGCUAUAGACCCGGAGGCAUUUGCAGAUGGAUUUACAGACAGGAUGCAGGACUUGAUGGACUUUAAUCGUAAUCUUGAGCCGGUGGAGGCUGAGCGGGAGGUCCUCGUGGCAGGAGAUCCAGAGAGACAACACAUGACACUUUGUGACAAGUUGAAGGGCAUUCCGUACCAUCCCAAUCAGAUUGAGUUUUUGGAUGGAAUCGCCAAAAGUCUUGAUGUCAAACCUUUACAUCACGUGACAUGAGACGCCUGAAAGCGUGGAUACAAAAUCGCUAGUAUUACUUGCGUUGUUUCCAUUUUAGGUAUUCCAGACAAAGCCAUGUUAGCAUGAAUCAUGCAUAUUAAACAGUGACGCGGGUACAUAUAUGCUAGUAAGCGCAUUGCAAAAGCAUGGCUACAUUUAUGUAUUUAAGGUGAUUUUGUGUAUUGUUAUAAGAAACUCUGUAAUACGUUAUUGACGCUUCCAAUGUUCUGAAAUAUUACUUAAGGUGUGUUAGGUCAGGAAUUUAGCAGUAAAAUAACUGAAUGAUA